AAUUAAUGUAAGGAAACGAAGAUAUUAACAAAGUGUACACUUUGGAGAAAACAUUAGGAGAGUAUAAAAAUAUUAUAAGUAAAGGGGAGCAUUUGGAGUAGUGAAGAGAGCAGUGAAAAAGAGUACAGGUGAACAUUUCGCAGUAAAAAUAAUUAACAAGUAUGAGAUUAAUAUAAAAUAAAAGGGAGAAUUUAUCAAAUGAAGAUUUAUUAGCAUUAUAAACAGAAGUGGAGAUAUUGACAUAAGUAUGAUAAAUAAAGAUAAUAAUAAUAGAUUGAUCAUCCGAAUGUAGUAAAAUUGUAUGAGAUAUAUGAAGAUGAUACAUAUUUUUAUAUGGUAUUAGAAUUAAUGACAGGUGGAGAGGUAUUAACAAAUAAUUAAAUGAUAAUAUAAAGUUAUUUGAAAGAAUAGUAGAGAAGGAUCAUUUUAGUGAGAAAGAAGCAGCUGCAACACUUAGACCAAUAAUUGAUGCACUUGCAUAUUGUCAUAAGAUGGGAAUUGUUCAUAGAGAUCUUAAACCAGAAAAUUUAUUAUAUUCAACAAUGGAACCUGGAGCCUUAUUAAAAGUAAGUGAUUUUGGACUUGCACGAUUUGUUGGUUCUGAAGAAGUUAUGAUGACAUAAUGUGGUACACCUGGUUAUGUUGCACCUGAAAUUAUUAAUGGUAAAGGUUAUACUGAAGCUAUUGAUUUCUGGUCUGUUGGUGUUAUACUUUACAUCAUGUAUAAAUCAUAUCUCUAAUUGCAUAGGCUUUGUGGAUUCCCUCCAUUUUAUGAUGAAGAUAAUGAUAAACUAUUCUAAAUGAUCAAAACUGGAAACUUUGCAUUCCCUUCACCAUAUUGGGAUCAGAUUAGUAAUGAAGGUUUAUUAUAUGCCUAUCUUUUCUCUAGCUAAAGAUUUAAUUAAAGGUUUAUUAACCAUUGAUCCAGCCAAAAGACUUACAACUGAUAAAAUACUCAAACAUCCAUGGCUACUUAAUAAUACCCAUAAAUCUAUUGCAAAUCUAUAAGCUAAAUUAAAGGAUUAUAGAGCAUCUAAAAAAAUCAAGGUAUACAGAAUUUCUAAUCUUAUUUAGAAAAUUGCAAAUGUCCUCACUAUUGCUAGAGGAUGGGGUAAAAUGGCCUAAGUCAAGAAAAAUUGAUAUCAUUACAAA